AUGAAGCGUCUCCUCGAUCCACCCCCACGCACCGCACCCGUGCUUGCCGUGCUGCUGCUGUUGCUCGUCUCAAACACGCAAAUCUCACUCCCAUGGCUGCCCGCGGCGCAUCCACGGCCGCCGUUGCUGCUGGUGGCGACGGCUGGUGGCGGAGGGCACAACUACGGCGACGCGCUCGCCCUGAGCAUCCUGUUCUUCGAGCAGCAGCGCUCCGGGAAGCUGCCGGCAAAUCAGCGAGCCAAAUGGCGCGGGGAUUCCGGACUGAAUGACGGCAAGGACGUUGGGGUAAACCUGUCCAAGGGCUACUACGACAGCGGCGACAACGUCAAGUACGGGCUGCCCAUGGCGUUCACGGUCGCGACGCUGGCGUGGGGAGUGGUGGAGUACGGUAGCCAGCUGGAGGAGCAGGGGCAGCUGCAGUACGCGCUCGACGCCGUCCGGUGGGGCGCGGACUACUUCGUCAGCGCGCACCCCGAGCCCAACGUGCUGUACGCGCAGGGCGUGGGGAGUGGUGGAGUAUCGCAAAGAAGUGGGCGACGGCGUGUCGGACCACGCGUGCUGGCAGCGGCCCGAGGAGAUGACCACGCCGCGCACCGCGUACCGCCUCGACGCCGCCAAUCCCGGCACGGAGGUCGCGCGGAGGCCGCCGCCGCCCUCGCCGCCGCGAGCCUCGCGUUUGUCGCGAGCGACAGGGCGUACUCGACGACGCUGCUGCGACACGCGCGCGAGCUGUUCUCAUUCGCGGACAAGUACCGGCGCACGUACACGGCCAGCAUCCCCUCCGCCGCCACCUACUACCAGUCCUACUCCGGCUAUAACGACGAGCUGCUGUGGGCGGCGGGGUGGCUGUACCGCGCUACAACCGACCAGCAGUACCUGGGCUACAUCCGUGCCAACAAGGACGCGCUCAAGGGCGCCGCUACAACCGCCAAGAUGUUCUCCUGGGACGACAAAUUCGCCGGCGCGCAGGUCCUGCUCUCGCAGCUGGCGCUGGUGGCGGGCGACAGCAGUAUGCAGGCGUACGCGGAUCAGGCGCAGCGGUUCAUGUGCAACGUGCUCGCCGGCUCUAAGACGCCCGGCGGGCUGCUGGUGUUCCUACCGUGGAGCAACCUGCAGUACGUGACAUCAGCGUCGCUACUGCUCUCCGUGUAUUCCGACUACCUCGACCGCGCCUCUGUGCCCUCCUUCAAGUGCGCCUCCGGCCAGACGCUCACGCCCACGGACCUGCGGCGCAUGGCGCAGAAGCAGGUGGACUACAUCCUGGGCAGCAACCCCAAGGGCAUGAGCUACAUGGCGGGGUACGGGGCGUACUACCCCAAGCGCCAGCACCACCGCGCGGCAUCCCUGCCUUCCAUGAAGAGCCGCCCUGGGUUCAUUGCAUGCGGCGACGGCUUCUCCUUCUUCCACACCCCGAACCCCAACCAGAACGUGCUGGCAGGAGCACUUGUCGGCGGCCCAGACGCCUCGGACUCGUUCACAGACGACCGCGGCAACUACCAGCAGAACGAGCCCAGCACGUAUGUGAACGCGCCGCUGGUGGGCGUGCUGGCGCGCAUCGCAGGCGGAACGGAGAAGAUCCCUGUCACACACGCUGACCCCGGUCCUAUCAGUGCGCCUAAGGGCCCGCGCGCUGGCGGGCAGAGUGGAGGGGGGAGUGGCGGUGGGAAGAGCGGAGGGGGGAGUGGUGGUGGGAAGAGUGGAGGGGGGAGUGGUGGUGGGAAGAGUGGAGGGGGGAGUGGUGGUGGGAAGAGCGGAGGGGGGAGUGGUGGUGGGAAGAGUCCACCGAAGAACACUGGCGGCAAGCCGAGCAAUGGCAAUAACAACGGUGGCAGCAAGGGCAGCAGCGGCGGCGGCAGCAGCAAGGGAGUGCGGCGGCUGGUGGUGCAGACGAAGCAGACGGGUGUGUGGAAGGACAAGAGUGGGCAGGAGGUGGGGCGGUACAUGGCCAACAUCACCAAUGUCAGUGGAGGGCGACUCAACGCUCUCACUCUCAGAGCAAGCAACUUCCAUGCCUCCAGCUACUGGGGACUAGUCACGUCGGAGAAGCCUCGGGGAUUCAGGAUAGUGCAGAACGGUGGAAACAUGGACAAGGGUGCAUCUGUCGCGGUGGUGUACAUUCAACCGGGAGGAAAGGCCCGGUUCCGGGGCAUCUUCAGGGAUUGA